AUGUUAACAUUACCUAUUUCAUUUUCAUCACCAGUUAUAAUUAGUGUUAGUAUUUUAACAGCAAUUGGUGCUUAUGUUUUAUUUGGACCUGAACCAGAAGAUAGAAGAAAACGUGGUUAUCCCGGUGGUUUAAUUAAUUAUGGAAAUAAUUGUUUUGCUAAUGCUAUUGUUCAAUGUUUAGCAUCAUCAUCAAUAUUUAUUCGAUGGGUUGAAGAACAUCUUCAAAAUAAUACACUUGCUAAAAUUCUUCUUGAUCUUAUUAAAACUAUAAAUGGUCAAUCAUUAUCUUAUUCACAUGAAUCAACUGUUGUAACAUUAAUUGAUAAUAUGCGACAACCAAAAUGGUUAAGUCCAUUUGAACAACAAGAUAGUCAUGAAUUUCUUUUAUCACUUAUUAAUUCAUUAACAAGUACACAAAUAAUUCAAACAAAACAAUUAGGUUUUGCUGCAUGUCUUGAUACAGAUGAACAAGAUAUAUCAAAAACAAUAAUGAUAAAUGAAAGUCCAUUAAUAAAUCCACAUCCAUUUCAAGGUUUACAAGCAACACAAUUACAAUGUACAGAAUGUAAACAUAAAAAUCCAGUAAGUGUUUCUCUUUUUGAAACACUAUCAUUAAUAAUUCCUGAACGACAAGUAUCAAAUUCAGGAUUAUUUUCAAUUCGACAACAACAACGAAAUUUUACAUUACAAGAAUUAAUUGGUAAUUAUCUUAAAUCAGAAAUGAUUAGUAAUUUAAUAUGUAAUAAAUGUAAAUCAAAAGAAAAUUUACCACAUAGAAAAAUAACAACUUUUUCAAGAUUACCAGAAAUUCUUUGUUUACAUAUUAUUCGUACAACAUGGACAAAUGAAGGUUGGCCAAUAAAAAAUACUUGUCAUAUAUCAUUUCCUGAUCUACUUGAUAUGAAUUCAUUUAUAUCAUUAUCACGUCUUUUACCUGCUAAUAUACAUCCAACUCAAACAAUUAAAAAACCAUCAACAGCUCAUUAUAAACUUAAUUCUAUACUUGUACAUUUAGGUGGUAUUAGUGAAGCUGGACAUUUUAUUGUCUAUCGACGACGAAUAAAUAGUAAUGAAUGGCUUUCAAUAUCAGACGAUCAUAUUCGAGAAUGACCAAUUAUUAUUGAUGGUUUUAUGAAAGAAGAUAGUCCUGAUAUUAUUUGUCACGCAUUAAAAUUUUGUACAGAUGAUCCUGGUCAAGCUAAAUGUCGUCUUUCUCCAUCAAAAUCUCCAAUUUUAUUUACUCAAUAUGUUUUAAAUCUUCAUCAACAACAUUCACAACCUUCAUAUGAUUUAUCAACGUCAAAAAUUUUUGAUUUUGAUCAAGAUAGAUUUGGUACAGAACCAACACUUCGUGGUAGUUCAUGGCGUGGAAAAGAUUGUAAUGAUUUUUCAUCAUCAAGUCGUCCUGGUGCUCGAAUUGUUCAAGGUGAUGCUAUUAUAGAUCAUAAUUGUAAUGGUAUAUAUGGUAUUAAUUCAGCAACUGGAAGACCAUGGGGAGAAGAAUUUUGUAAUGAAACACAACGUAUGGGUAUAGCAGUAUUAGGUGAUUCAAUAUCUGCUCGUUUUCAUCUUCCAGAACAAUGGUUAGAUGCUAGUCUAUUUUCAUCAGAAGCAUUUGAACAUGUUAUGUUCAUUCUUGAAAAUGAACUUGAUUGGCCUCAAUUAUCAGCAGUUACAGGUCAUAUAAAUGUUAGUUGGCCAAAUAUUGAUGGUUCAACACGUUUAUUUGAUCUUGAUCAUUGUAAUCAUCGUGAUUAUCAGAAUAUUGCUGUUAAUGGAGCUGAUAGUAAAUCUAUUCUUGAUAUAGCUAAAACAUUAAGACGUAAUCCAAUAAAUGAUGUACUAUUACUUGUAAUCUAUUCAUUAGUUGGUAAUGAUGUUUGUAAUGGUCAUCCAAAUACAUUGGAUGAUAUGACAACUGUUGAAGAAAUGUAUUUAAAUAUAUUAAAUGGAUUAACUUAUCUUGAUACAAUAUUACCAAAAGGUAGUCAUGUAUUAACAACUGGUUUAGCUAGUGGUAGUGUUUUAUAUCAAUUAUUACAUGAUCGUAUUCAUCCAUUUAGCCGUGUUGGUAUACAAUUUACAUAUAAACAAAUCUAUACAUAUUUAUCUUGUUUACAAACUGCACCAUGUAAUGGUUGGUUAACAUCAAAUGACACAUUACAUCGUGGAAGUUGGAUUGGUUUAUUACUGAUCGUCUGUGUACCAUUAGUAGAAAAUCGUUUAACUAGUAAUUUAAGGAAUGGUGUCAAUGGUGGUGUAGAUUGUGCAACUUGUUCAGUACUUUUGGGAAUUGUUGAUCAUCUUACAAUUGUUUAUAAUGAAAGUGCUACUCAUGCACUUGAACAACUUUGCUCAUUUUUACCAUCUGAAUACAAAGUUUAUUGUUUAGCUGCUGUUGACUUUUUAGGUCCAUAUAUUAUUGAUGGUUUUAUUAAAGGAGAUAAUCCUGAUGUUAUUUGUCAUUCAUUAAAAUUUUGUAAAGAUGAACCUGAUCAAGGUAAAUGUCGUCUUUAUCCAUCAAAAUCUCCAAUUUUAUUUACUGAACGUGUUUUAAAUUUUCGUCAACGACAUCCAUUAAUUGAUUUACAUAUAAAUGAUCCAAAAAUUUGUGAAAUUCCUGGCAUAAAAGAAAUUUGUAAAAUUCUAGAAAAUAUCUUCAAUAAUCAUAAGCCAGCAAUUGAUUUUGAUCAAGAUAGAUUUGGUACAGAACCAACACUUCGUGGUAGUUCAUGGCGUGGAAAAGAUUGUAAUGAUUUUUCAUCAUCAAGUCGUCCUGGUGCUCAAGUUCUUAAUGGUGAUUCUGUUGUAGAUCAUAAUUGUAAUGGUAUAUAUGGUAUGAAUCCAACAAGUGGAAAACCAUGGGAAGAAGAACUUUGUAAUGAAACACAACGUAUGGGUAUAGCAGUAUUAGGUGAUUCAAUAUCUGCUCAUUUUCAUAUUCCGGAACAAUGGUUAGAUGCUAAACAAUUAUCUGCAACUGUAUUUGAACAUUUAACAUUUAUUCUUGAAAAUGAACUUGAUUGGCCUCAAUUAUCAGGUACUACAGGUCAUAUAAAUGUUAGUUGGCCAAAUAUUGAUGGUCCAACUCGUUCAGUGUAUGCUCGUUUGUUUGAACUUGAUCAUUGUAAUCAUCGUGAUUAUCAAAAUAUUGCUGUUAAUGGAGCUCGUAGUGGUUCUAUGCUUGAUAUUAUGAAAUCAUUAUCACGUAGUCCAAAAAAUGAUGUACCACUUUUAGUCAUGUAUUCAUUAGUUGGUAAUGAUGUUUGUAAUGGUCAUCCAGAUACAAUCGAUCAUAUGACUACUGUAGAAGAAAUGAAAAAAAAUGUUUUAACUACACUUGAAUAUCUUGAUACAGUCUUACCAAAAGGUAGUCAUGUAUUAACAACUGGUUUAGCUAAUGGUAGUCUUUUAUAUGACUUAUUACAUGAUCGUAUUCAUCCAUUUGGUCGUGUUGGUACACCAAUUUCUUAUUCACAAAUCUAUGAUUAUUUAUCUUGUUUACAAAUUUCACCAUGUAAUGGAUGGAUGACAUCAAAUGCUACACUUCGUGCAUUAACUACACAACGAGCUAUGGAAUUAUCUGCAGCCGUACGAAAUGUAACAUAUACUUAUAAACCUAUGCAAUAUGAUAUUGAAUAUCUUGAUUUUCCAUUUAAUGAUGUUAUUCAAGAAUGGGUAGCACAAGGUGGUGAACCAUGGCAAUUAAUUGAAAGUGUUGAUGGUUUUCAUAUAAAUCAAUAUGGACAUGCAACUGUUUCUGAUGUUCUUUGGAAAUGGUUACAAACAAAUAAACCACAAUGGUUACCACCACUUAAUCUACAUAAUGCAGACAUUGAACGUGUUUUUAAAGAUCAAGGUGGAUAUUAA